ACUUCUGAAAAUAGGCCAUUUCAAAAGAGAAACAGAGGAAGGCAACUCCAAGGUAGCCGUAGUUCCAUAGUUCUCUCGCUCAACAGGCUGGUCAGGCCGCUGACCAGAGAGCAAGAAGGAAUCUCCGAUUUCCUUUCGUUGGAUCUUCGGUGCCAUUCUUAUCUUGAGUUAUAGUUCUCUUCCCAGGCAGUAUGCCGCCGUCUAUCAUACUCGUCCUCUCAAGCCUUUCCGUCAUCCUCUUGAUCAUCUAUGUCCCUGCUGCGUGCUCCCAGGAUGAGACGAACCACAGUAAGAAGUGUUACCGUGCCACCCAUGCGUUCUAUGGCAUUAGAAUGCUCCCCACAGAAUGGUUCUGCCAUGCUAAGUCCAGCAACAUGUCUCAAACGCUGAUACGCGAAUCACGAUCAUCAACAGUUCAAUUCUCCAGCAGGAAGCAGAUUGGUGGCCUUUCAGACGAAAAUAAGAGGAACGACGUGGCCGAUUUAAUGGCUCUUGUGGCCCCUGUUGCCUGUUCCAGAAUUCGAUGGUGGAGAUGCGUGGCUUUAUGCAUAGGCAGCAAAGAUGGGUCUAGGCACCAGGAAGCUUGCACAAUUUUGAUGGACGCUAUUGACUUGAUGUUGAUAGCAAUAGUGUCAUGUGUUCUGGUUUACGACUACCGAACUCGUAAACGUGCAGCUUUACCACCCAAUCGUUCAGAUGUGACAGAUUCAGGGAAUAGCUCACAAGUCUUUUUCUGCAACGUCUGCAUGGAGCGCAAGCGAGUAGAGAAAUCCUUCAAAAUUCAGGACUGCGGUCAUGAAUUCUGCUCUGAAUGCAUCAUAGAACAUGUGAAAGUUAAAAUAGGGGAAAAUUCAACGAUAGUUUGGUGCAUGGAGGUUGGAUGUCAAAGUCAAAUCUACCUGGAGUCAUGUCAACGUAUCCUAAAUGCAGAGUUGCUGGAGAAAUGGUCGAUGAUGAUCAGUGAAUCAUUGAUCCUUCCAUCGCAAAAGUUUUAUUGUCCCUUCAAGAAUUGCUCUGCUCUAUUGUGGGAUGAUACAGAAGGAAGAGAGGUGAUAAGAGAAGCAGAGUGCCCCUACUGUUGGAGGCUGUUUUGUGCUCAGUGCAAGGUGGGUUGGCAUGCUGGAAUGAGUUGCAGUGAAUUCCAAACCAUGAGGAAUUGGCUAGCUGGUAAAGAUGAAGUUAUGAUGAAAGAUAUGGCCAAUCAGAAGAACUGGCAAAGGUGCCCAAGGUGCAAGUUCUACGUGGACAAGGUCUCUGGUUGUCUUCAAAUCACUUGCAGGUGCGGCUAUCAGUUCUGCUACAGGUGUGGAUCAUCUUGGACUCCAAAACAUUAUCAGUGCAAACUAAAAAGGCAAACUGGACAGAUGAGCUAGGGUUCAUUGAUACUACAUCUACAUGGGAGAACAUGCUGCAGAAAAAGCCAUUCUGAUAAAGAUUAUAUGCAAAUGCCAUUGAAGAACUGCUGCUACAUAUAUGAUAGUGUAUGUUAAAUAAUGUACAUAUAUCGAUACCAAUUGGAAAUUGGCGGGCUUAGAUUCUUGCUUAAUUUUUGUUACCUUUUCUUUUUCUCCUUUUUGCUUUCUUCUACAGUACUUAACUCAGCUGCCUACCAGGAUCCUAUGUAAGUUACUACAUUUUCUUCACCGAUUUGAAUGGUGCCCAAAAAUUUUGAGGCCAAAAUUCUUUGUCCGUAGAAGAAGUACAGCUAUGUGUACGUGGACGGAUGCAUGUGUCAUGCCUGUACACCUGUGGAGGUAACAGAAAAUAACGUGGCAAAAAGAUCUCUGUUGCUCUUUUGAUUACAAUGUCUCUUUUAUGAUGGUUGCUUUUUGACCAUGUAAUGUUUAUAGAGGACUAUUUCUUCCAUUAAUGGUGAAUGUUUAUUCAGUGUGCUUUUCUGCAA